AUGGAGUCCAACCAUCCUACGGUGCUCCUUUUCGGAGACGUCACAGACUCAUGGGUUGACGGUAUUGAUCAUGUCUACAGUCAAGCCGCAACCAAACCAUGGCUUCAAUCGUUCUUGGGUGACCUCUUCUCGGUCCUUAAGGCCGAGACGAGGGCUAUGGACCGAGUCUUGCAAGACAGCUUGAGGGACUGCUCCAGUUUCCAAGAGCUCGCUGAGAGAUAUCGACACACCGGCGACGAGUUUGGGAUGGCGCAUGCCAUGCUGAUUUAUGCCAUCAGAGCCGCAGUCCUCCUGGAGGCUACCACCCGCGAGCCACAAUUGCUUGACCCGAACCGGCCCAGACCGGAGUUGAUUGGCAUCUCCGGGGGUCUAUUCAGUGCUGCAGUCGUGUCCAUAUCUACGAAUUUCCAGACUCUCUAUGACGCAUGUCUCGAGGCGGGUCGGGUGUGGGCAAGACUCUGUAACCUCACCUUGGUGAGAUCAAGAGCCAUGGAGGAGCGCCCUGGGACCUGGGGCUGGGCUGUCCUUGGAAUACCGGCUGAGGAGCUAGAUAAAGCCCUGGAACAAUUCCAAAAUGUCAUGGGAGUUCCGUCUGCCAAAAGAGCAAGGGUUGGUGUCAAUGGAGACAGAUGGAGCACCGUCAUAGGACCGCCUUCUAUCCUGGAGCUCGUCAUGAACGGAUGUCCUGCACUGAAGAAUCUUCCAAAGAACGCGCUUGAUAUCCAUGCCCUUCAGCACACCCUAAGCAUCUCUGAAGCCGAUAUUGACUACAUUGUCGGGAAUUCCCCAGUUCUGGACACACCUUUACCCCCGGGGUAUAGGAUAUGGGGCUUGGACGAGGAUCGUCCCGAGGCCGCUUACUCCAAUUGGAGACAUCUGCUGAGGGCUUCAGUAUCACAGACCUUGUCACGGCCUCUGAACAUUGUGCAAGCCGUAAGCAAGCUCAACGCCAACCUUGGGACAUCACGGCAUGUUAAUGUCAAGAUCAUGGGUCCCAGCAGCCACGCAGUAUAUCUUGUCAAGGCUUUGCAAACUGCAGGAAGGGAAGUCUCUAUUCAUGAUGAUCUAUCCGCAAAGCCUCCGUCCUCAGAUAGUCGAAACGGUAUCGCCAUCAUCGGCAUGGCAGGAAAAGGACCAGGGAGCGAUAACCUCGAAGAAUUCUGGAAUGUUAUACUGAAAGGUCUUGACCUCCAUAAAGAGGUCCCCUCCGAUCGCUUUGACUUGGAGGAAUACUACUGCCCCAAGCACCCCGCGGCAGGCCCUGGCAAAUGCACCAUGACCUGCAGGCACGGGUGCUUCAUGAAUAACCCAGGACACUUCGAUUCUAAAUUCUUUCACAUCUCGCCCAGAGAAGCCCUGUUGAUGGACCCCGCUCAUCGGUUGUUCCUAAUGAACGCGUACGAGGCCCUCGAAAUGGCCGGAUAUUCGGACGGCCAGACCAGUCGAUCGGGAGUCUUGUCCGAUACUGGGAACUGCAAGACUUAUCGAGAUGACGCAGAUGGUUACUGUCGCGCCGACUUCAGUGGCGCUGUGGUGCUGAAACGACUCGACGAUGCCAUUGCUCACAACGACAACAUCCUGGCCGUCAUCUCAUCCUCGGCCAGAAAUCAUUCUGGCAAUUCUACAUCCAUCACAACAUCUGAUGCUGCUGCCCAGGAACGGUUGUUUCAUAAGGUCCUUCGGAAUGCACGGGUGAGCCCGGAAGAUAUCUCAUAUGUUGAGAUGCAUGGAACAGGUACCCAGGUUGGCGACAAAGCAGAAAUGGGAGCGAUUUCCAGUGUCUUUUCGAAAGGACGUGAUGGGGAGCUCCUGCCGGUGGGAGCCAUUAAGGCAAACAUCGGUCACAGUGAAGCAGCUGCAGGAAUGUCUUCCCUGAUCAAGAGCAUCCUCAUGUUUCAGAAGGGUACCAUACCACCACAGGCAGGGAUGCCUCAUACCCUCAACCCCAACUUCCCACCACUACAUGAGAUCAACAUCAAGAUCCCUUCGGAGCCAUUAGACUUCAAGGCGGCAGGUGGCAAGCCGAGACGUAUUCUUCUCAACAAUUUCGACGCAGCGGGUGGCAACGCAUGCUUACUACUGGAAGAAUACAUGCAUACGAAACAUAAAGAAGCCGAUGUUAGGUCGGCUCACACCAUUGUGACCUCUGCAAGGACACAGUCUUCGCACCUCCUCAACAAACGAAGACUUCUCGAGUGGCUUCGAUCGAAUCCCAACACCCGUAUUGAGGACCUUGCCUACACAACUACGUCGAGAAGGAUGCACCACCCCAUCAGAUUCGCGCUGACUGCAUCCACAACACAAGAGGCCAUUUCAAAACUCGAGGCCGAGAUUGAACGCAGUACCAACUCCUCGGUAGUGCGGGAUAUCCCUGUCGUUUUCGUCUUCACUGGACAGGGGUCCCACUAUGCAGGUAUGGGUGCCGAGUUAUACCGUACAAGUCCUGUUUUCCGUGAGAGGGUUGAUUUGUGUGUGGCAAUCUGCGCCAGCAACAAGUUCCCCCCAUUCUUGGACAUCAUCACCGAUGGUGGAGUUGAUUUAUCUACAAAGAAUGCUGCACAGGUACAACUCGCGGUCCUCACCUUGGAGAUGGCCCUCACCCACUUUUGGCGAUCAGCAGGAAUUGAGCCUGCUAUGGUCAUGGGCCACAGUCUUGGGGAGUACGCUGCCCUACAUGCUGCUGGAGUCCUGUCGCUGGCAGAUGCUUUGUAUCUGAUUGGCCAUCGUGCCCUUCUCCUCCUGGAACGAUGCGAAUCCGGGUCUUGUUCCAUGCUUUCGGUGUCGACUUCAGUAGCAAAUGUGCGGGACCACCUUUCCCGGCUCCAGUCCUCUUCCUGCGGAGUGGCCUGCAUCAACAGCCCUAGUUCUACUGUCGUCAGUGGGACUGCUGAGGACUUGGCACAGUUUCAAGAAAACAUAACGGCGCAGGAUGUAAAGGUUCGCGCGAAGACGUUGUCCAUCCCCUUUGCAUUCCACUCAUUCCAGAUGGAUCCAAUACUACACGACUAUGGCUCUAUCGCAGCAAGUGUGACUUAUUCAGCGCCGAAGAUUCCUGUGGCAUCAACUCUGCUCGGAUCUGUCGUCCAUGAACCGGGUGUCUUCGACGACGACUACCUGGUCCAGCAGACACGCCAACCUGUUGACUUUGUCGGUGGACUCCACGCCGCAAGGUCCAAACUGAGUGACCCAGUCUGGCUUGAGAUUGGGCCUUCACCGGUUUGCGUAUCCUUUGUGCGCGACACCCUCUCCUCUUCUCCGUCCAAGAUAACGCAUACUCUACAAGCGAACACCGGCAGCUGGACGUCCAUUUCUACGUGUCUCGCGACGGCUUACACCAACGGUGUCGACAUCGAUUGGGUCGCACUUCAUACGCCGUACGAGAGAAAUCUUCAGUUGUUGACACUCCCUUCCUAUGCGUGGGAUGUAAAGGAUUUUUGGAUCACCCAUACCGAUAGAGUCACCGACGUUGUGUCUGAGCAGUCUCCGACCACAACAUCCGGGCCGUUUGUCUCUACUUGCGCACAGUACCUUGUCUCCAAGUCGUCCUCCCCGAAGAUCCAGGUCGUGUUCCGAGCCUCCAUUUCUGACCCAGGUUUUGUCGGACUCAUUGAUGGUCACAAAAUGCAAGGGAUCGGACUUUGCUCUGGAAGUGUCUUCUGCGAGGCAGCUUUUGCAGCAGCCAAGUUUGCCCUCGAGUACAGUGGCAGAAAGAAUGUGACCCAGCCCUGGCUAACACUUCAUAAUCCCGAGCUGCUCUUACCCCUCACAAAGAAGCUUGUUGGCCCAGAUGGUAGUCUUUUCACAACUGCCGUGAUGGAUUCGCCAUCUGCAGACAGGAUCUCAGUUACAUUCAGGGCUACAUCAGCAAGCGCAUCGCACGAGCUCGGCUCUUGCGUAGUCAAUUUCCGUGACCCUGGUAAGACUCAGACAGACUGGGACCGAGUAUCGUACUUCAUCCAAGCCAAGAUGGAUGAGGUGAUCAAAAAUGCCAAAGAGGGACCGGGACAUAGAAUGCAACCGGAAGUGUUUUAUGCGCUCUUUGGCAAUGCCGUCGAAUUCAGCCCUGAUUUCCAGGGCAUCAAUGAGGCAUACAUAGCCAAAGACUUCCAGGAGGCUGCAGCAGUGGUUACUCUCCCGCACGAUCCUGCCGGUACUCGGUUCACAUUCUCACCGUAUUGGGGCGAGGCUCUUGUGCAUCUAGCUGGCUUCAUGGUGAAUGGAAACCCGAGCAAAUCACCGCAGAAAACCUUUAUUGUGAUGGGGUUCGAGAGCGUUGAGCAGACGGUCCCUUUGGUGCCUGGAAAGCAGUACCUGGCCUACACUCGUAUUUCCAAAUGGGUCAAGGACACGGCAUACUGUAACGCGGUUGUCUUUGAUCCUGAGACGUCGAGCAUCGUCCUUCAAUGCAUCGACAUACGAUACCAGGAGCUCCCCAAAGCUACCUGGAAGCAUAUUCUCGAGGGGCCACGAGAGACUCCUUCGGCGCGCAUCCACACAGCACCUGUGAAAGAAACCAACAAAACUGGCAAGGCCAACGAGGAAAGUCGGCAAAGUUUGGCCGUAGCGCCAGUGCAACCACAGUCAACUCAGGCACAGGAGGAGGAGGAGGGGGAGGAGUACCCGCCAGAUGAAGGGUUCGUUGAUGCAAUCUUGGACAGCAUCUCUAAGGCUACGGGUAGCGCCGCUUCUGAGUUUACCGACGACACUAUGGUAGCCGACCUCGGUGUCGAUUCUAUCAUGGCUAUCGAGGUUGUCGCCACCGUCAAGGCUGAAUCAGGUCUCGACCUACCCGCUGCAUUCGUUCUCGAGUAUCCCACAAUUGGCGACCUUCGCCGCGCCUUUGGAACGAGAAAACCAAAGGCCGCAGAGUCCCAGCCCAGCUCAACUCCCCCCAGUUCCGAGGCCUCCAUUUCACCAAGCCCCAGUCCCGAAUCCACUUCGAUGUCUGAGACAGCCUCGUCAGUGGGCUCGAGUCUAGUCCCUAUUGAAAAGGAGGAAAUCGCGGCUCUAAAACACCAAGAGAACACCAAGCAACAGGAGAAGCCACCCAUCGAGGCCGACAUGGAUACAUCCCCAGCACCCACCGUCAGAAUUACACUGCUGCAAGGCCGUCCAGGUCCUAAGAGGACACCCCUCUACAUGAUGGCCGACGGGACUGGGACCAUCGCGACCUACAUCCAUCUACCGGCUUUCAAGUCCAAAAUGCCCGUCUACGGCAUUGACUCGCCAUUCCUCCGCUGUCCAACCCGACUGACCAAGGAGGUGGGCAUCGAGGGGGUAGCGAAGCUCAUUGUUGAUUCACUCAUGGAAGCCCAGCCCAAGGGGCCCCUCAUGAUCGGCGGCUUCUCCGCCGGCGCCAUCGUCGCAUUCGAAGUCUGUCGCCAGUUAGGUGCAGUUGGCCGCAAGGUGGACGGUCUCGUGCUCAUCGACAUGUGCUGUCCGCGCUCCAGUCUCCUCGACGAGGCCAAGAUGAACUCCGAAGAUGAUGCCAGCUUCACCAUCUUCGAAAAUGCCGUGUCCAAAGACGGCCUUUGGAGCGUGGCAAGCACCACCCAACUCCAUUUCCGCGCAUACCAUGUUGCCAUGCACGCAUAUCACCCACCUUACAUGACUGCACAGGAACGGCCGGCUGGCACAGCUGUCAUCUGGGCUGAGAAGGGCAUGGUCAAUCGUGUGGUUGACAACCCGAAGUUGAUGCAAACGCUGACGGACCAGGGGAUCCCGACUACAUCGUAUCCAGGCUAUAUGGAAGAUCCCAAAUUAGGUGCGUUCGCCUGUCUUGUACCGGACAGGACUAAGGCGGACCUGGGACCAAACGGCUGGGAGAAGUAUACUGCUGGAGAAGUUUUGGCACUGUCAGUGAAUGGAGACCAUCUUGAUCUGCCCAUGCCUGGACAUGUUCACUUGCUUCAUCAGCAGAUGGAGAAGGCAUUUGCUUAUUUUGAGGGAUCAAGUUAAUUUACACCUAUGCUAGAAACACGGCAAAGUGAG